GCGAAAGCCUCCGCGGCAACACGUGUGACGUCAUGUACGGGUGGCUACUGGAGAGCGUACAGCACUUUAUAGUCGAAGAAUGUGGGGAAGACAUAUGGGAUGCCAUCCUACGGGAAGCUGGAGCCAAGAACACAGUAUUUAUUACAAGACAGCAAUACCCAGAUGCUCUGAUGCUACGCAUAGCUUCAGCGCUAGCUAGACUUCUCAACAAAGACUCUCAGAGCCCAAGCAACUCUACACCGAGCAGUCCAAUCCCUAAAAAACCUUCUAUAAAGUCGAAACCGACGUGGCGGAGCUCAUCAGUCCACGCAGACAACAGAAAACAAUCACUCGGUCAGUACAAAUGUCCGUUCUCAGCAUACGCAGCUCUAUCCGCUGUGACCAAGAAGGAAAUCGAUGCUUACAACUCCUCGGAGGAAAUACGUUCACCCACCCAGAGUACGGUUUCCAUAGACGUAGCAUCCAAAACAGAGGAACCUAUGUCCCCAUGUGCCAGGGACAGACGAAGCCUGGGGAUCAAUUUGGAGAAAAUAAAACUCACUGAAAUCACACCCGAGGAGGAAGAUCCUACUGUCCGCUUCGAAAACAAAGAUGGUGAUAAUACAGAUGUUUCUCCAACAUCUCAGCCGACCUCACCGAAGUCGGAACCCACACCGAACCCGGGACCAAGACGAAGUUCCUUGAAACCCAGCACGAGAAAAACUUCAACAGCCCUAGAGACGUAUCAUCGACGUGGUUCAGGUGUUUCGUUAAGACCACGAUUGAACAGUAUCACUCUGAUACCCUCCGAUCGACUCCCAUAUCUGAAGGAGAAAUUUGGCACACCCGAAAAAGUGAUGCAUUUCUUCGGCAGGUGUUUCGUGAAGUUCUUCUCAAAUUAUGGGUACGACACCAUGAUCCGCGCCACAGGACGCUACUUCUGCACAUUCCUACAGUCAGUGGACAACAUCCACCAGCGCAUGCGGUUCACGUUCCCGCGCAUGCGCUCGCCCAGCAUGCAGUUGACGCGCGCGCACCGCCAUGGCGCCGAGUUGGUGUACAGCAGUGGCAGGACAGGAUAUGCGCACUAUCUCAUGGGUCAGCUGUAUGAGAUAGCCGAAGACAUCUUCUCGCUGAAACUAAAAGUGUCAAUAGUCAAGGAGAGCAUGGAGGGUAACUACUACGUGGCUGUACUACGACUGGAGUUCGACAACAGUGACUACGUGCAGUCGCUGAUGGCUCGGAAAGCUCAGCCGUGCCUACUGCCGGCGGUGCCCGCGUCGCUGCUGCUGCAGCUGUUCCCCUUCGGAGUGCUGCUCGAUAGGAAGAUGAAGAUACUGAAAGCGGGGGAUAAGUUAAUGGAAGCGUGGGGCGGACCUUACAACCGCAUUCAUAAGUCUCCCGUCUGCGAGAUCUUGAAAUUGCGGAAACCGAAAGUGUCGUUUACUUGGGACAAGAUUGUAUGCAUGCAGACGAUGCUAUUCGAGCUGGAGCUAAUGCGGUGGCGCGCGCGCACUGUGGUCGACAGUCGACGCGGCUCGCAGGGCGCAAGGGCAGUGCUGCUGAAGGGGCCCAUAUACUUCCUGGAGGAAAUUGAUUCCCUUAUUUUCUUGUGCAGUCCUAUUUUCAACGAUUUGGAAGAACUCAGGCAGGCGGGAUUAUACUUGGCGGACAUGAACGGCCACGGACUCUCAAAGGAGAUGCUUCUUCAGGGCUGGCAACAUCUCUCUCGCCUGGAACUGCUGUUUGAAAAAGCUGAAAGCAGAAGUAUGACGUUGGAAAAGUCCUGCAGACUUCAGGAUCAGUGGAAGAAGAGAGGAGACCAGCUGCUGUACUCGAUGAUACCGAAAGCUGUCGCUGAUCACUUGCGAGCUGGCAAGUCGCCGAUGGCUGCUUGUCAGGGUUUCGAGUGCGUGACGGUGAUGUUUUGCGGGCUGCAGCUGGCGGAGGCGGGCAGCCGCGCCGGCGUCAUGCAGACCGUCAGCUACAUGAACGACGUCUACUCGCGGAUAGACCGCCUGCUCGAUACGCAUAGGGUCUACAAGGUGGAGACAGUGGGCACAGUGUACAUGGUGGUAUCGGGCGCGCCGGAGCGACGCCGCGCGCAUGCCGCCAGCACCGCCAGCGCUGCACUUGCUGUGGCUCGGACGCUGCCCAUGCUUACUAUAGGGAUCCACUCGGGACCAUGCGUGGCGGGUGUGCUGGGUCUGCGGCAGCCGAGGUACUGCCUCGUGGGCGACACCGUUAACACAGCCAGCCGCAUGCAGACAACUAGCGAGCCGGGCCGAAUCCAGAUAUCGGCCAAAACUGCUGCUGAACUACCCGCGGGAAAGUUCAGACUGCGACGCCGCGGUCUCAUCAAGGUUAAGGGCAAGGGAUUGAUGGAGACCUUCUGGUUGGAGGGCGAGGUGGAAGAAGAGGAACAGGACGAAGCGCUACAACUCUUCUCAACUCUCUGUGGAGAUGAUUAGAUUACCUAUGAUAACGUUAACUUUUACCAUAUUAAUUGACCACCUGAACAGCUACUAAUUUCAAAUUUGGCUGAGAAAACCAUUGACUCCUGCACGGAUGUCAAAGAUUCUGUAACAAUUUGUGACAGACAGCAAAUAUUGUACAAUUUUCCCCGUAUGUAUUGCUGUCUCAGCAUACAUAGUCACCCUGCUAGUUUCUAAGAUUUUUGACAGCAUUUUAUCUAUUAGUUAACGCUCUUGAUUGGCUAACGUAAAACGUUACCUACACAUUUAAGCAAAUUAACAAUAUUAAAAAAGUUAACUCCUCUCAAAAAGCCCCAGAAACGUAAUUGAAAUAUUUAAAUGUGACCAGAAUCCAGACAUACAUGAUGGUGUUUUGGUAGAGAGAAUUUAAUUUCCAAUGGCUUUAUUUAAAUGGCAACUCAUAUUCUUCUUAAAAUUUCAUAAAUCUUCACCUUACAAAAUGCUGUUGAUAAUAAACAUUAUUACUUAUACUA